AGUGCCCACCAACAACUCUAUAGAACAAGCAAACAACGCUAAGCGAGUCCGAUGCGAAUGCAGCCAUCCACAUUGUCGAGCUUCUCGCUCAUGUCAGGUGGAGUAACAGAUUGGCGCCCGAUGUUGGAUAUUGCGAGCGAAUGGCUUGCAAGGACGGGGAUUACAACGAGCGACAACCCCAAGUUGAUGAUGAUAAACAUGAAUGAGGCAUCACGACUGGCACUGAAAGCCACGAUGUGGUGUGAUAUUAUGUCAACCCUAACCCUGAAAACGACGCCAAAGCAUCCUAUCCUUCUACCGGCGACUGUUCCGCGGAGGAUCGGGUUACUGGGGUUUAACGCAGCAGGGCAUCGACGAGUCAGCCCUUCGUAUGGAUAGCUUAACUGGUUGUCCAGACGAAGUACUUCUUGGUAUCGCGGAGAUAGCAACUUUAUCAUGCUGGAAGAUGCAAGAACUUCGUAAAGGUUCUUUGAGUAUGAGAGAGCUCAUUCGGCGAGGGGACGUUAUCGAGCGACAUCUUCGUACCCAAACAGAGACAAUGCUAUCGACAGAAGCGGACCAAACGUCCAUUACAUCCUGAUCUAUCGUCAAUGAGCUGUUGAGCA